AUGGCAGUCCCUCAAACACAAAUCGCAGCAGUCGUGUCAGGACCCAGUAAGUCCUCAAGUGCACGGGUAGAUAUUAUAAGUGAACGCCCUGUGCCAUCUCCAAAGCAAGGGGAAGUGCUCAUCAAGCUCGAAUAUUCCGGAGUGUGCCAUUCAGAUGUCCAUAGCAUUCGUGGGGAUACCCUCAUGUUAACGGACGUCGCAGGUCACGAGGGAGUAGGGAAGGUAAUACAAGGUGAGGCGCAUAGAGCCGACUUGCAAUGUCUAACGGAUCUUCUGAUAUGGCUUUACAGCUCGUGCUUGAAGUGCGAAAUCUGCGCUAUCAAUCAUACGGCUUGUCCUUAUCAGAAGAACGCUGGUGCGAAUGUCCCAGGGACCUUUCAGCAAUUCAUUGUCAGUCCUGCCGAACAUGUCACAAUCAUCCCGCCCGAGCUGGACCCCGAUACAGCAGCACCACUUUUAUGCGCGGGAAUUGCCAUGUACUCAUCGAUCAUGAAGACAAAAACUCGACCGGGGGAUUGGAUCGUGAUUCUUGGGGCUGGUGGAGGACUUGGGCACAUGGGAAUCCAGAUCGCAGUCAAGAAGGGGCUUAAAGUCAUUGCGAUUGACAGUAGGGACAAAAAGAGAGAGCUCUGUCUCUCGCUUGGGGCGACGGACUAUUUUGAUUAUAAAAAGGAUGAUAUUGCUGCUAGGGUUAAGUCUGUUACUCGAGGCCUAGGCGCCCACGCGGUGAUAUGCACGGCGAACAGUGAGUCGGCAUACAUUCAAAGCAUGCAGAUGCUCCGCCGUCUGGGGGUUUUAGUUUGCGUUGGUAUCCCGAACAAGCCUUUUAGACUGCCGUCAACCCCGUUGGACAUGAUUGUGAAAGGUAUGGAGCGCCCCAGGCGAUGUCAAGCUCAUUAA